ACUUCUGCCUGUCUCGGGCCGGCAGCGCGCGCUUUGAGUGGAGGGCCCGGGCUCCCGCGCGGUUAAGAAUGGCGCUCCGCUGAGCGACUUCCGCGAUGUGCGAUUCCACCCCCGGACUCCACCAAGCACGGUCGCUUCUUUUUUCUGCACAUUCUAGUUACUUAUUUCUCUCCUGGGCUGGCUUUCCCUCAGUUUUUCUGGCUCUGUUCUUGCCCCAGCGUGACUUUUUUCAGGGCUGUUGUAGGAGGCUCGCGCGGGAGCUCUAUUCCUAUGAAGACCCCACUGCUGAUUACAGCCCCGCCACCAUGAACGGAGUCCAGAUCCCCCAUACGCCCAUCGCUGUGGACUUUUGGAGCCUGCGCCGGGCUGCUUCUGCACGGCUUUUCUUUCUGUCCCACAUGCACUCGGACCACACCGUGGGGCUGUCUAGCACCUGGGCCCGGCCCCUCUACUGCUCCCCAAUCACUGCUUUCCUCCUGCAUCGUCGCCUACAGGUAUCUAAGCAGUGGAUCCGAGCCCUGGAGGUUGGUGAGAGCCAUGUCCUGCCUCUAGAUGAAAUUGGCCGAGAGACCGUGACCGUAACCCUGAUGGAUGCCAAUCACUGCCCUGGCUCUGUCAUGUUUCUCUUCGAAGGAUACUUUGGAACCAUCCUCUACACAGGUGAUUUUCGAUUUACACCGUCCAUGCUAAAGGAGCCAGCCCUGAGGGUGGGGAAACAGAUCCAUACCUUAUACCUAGACAACACCAAUUGCAACCCAGCUCUGGUUCUUCCUUCCCAAGAAGAAGCUGCCCGCCAGAUUGUCGAGCUUAUUCGAAAGCACCCAGAACAUAAUGUAAAGAUUGGACUCUAUAGCCUGGGAAAAGAGUCCCUAUUGGAGCAGCUGGCCCUGGAGUUUCAGACAUGGGUGGUCCUGAGUCCUCGGCGCCUGGAGCUGGUGCAGCUGUUGGGCCUGGCAGAUGUGUUCACCGUGGAGGAGACGGCGGGCCGCAUCCAGGCUGUGGACCACCUGGAGAUCUGUCGUUCUGCCAUGCUGCGUUGGAACCAGACCCACCCUACCAUUGCUGUCCUUCCCACAAGCCGGAAAAUCCACAGCUCCCACCCCGAUAUCCAUGUUAUCCCUUACUCUGACCAUUCCUCCUACUCCGAGCUUCGUGCCUUUGUCGCAGCCCUGAAGCCUUGCCAGGUGGUGCCGAUUGUCAGUCGGCAGCCCUAUCGGGACUACUUUCAGGACAGCCUGAGCCCCAAGCUUUCUGUGCCCCUGGUGCCAGACUCUGUACAGCAAUACAUGAGUUCCUCCUCCAGAAAACCAAGCAUUCUCUGUCUGUUGUUAGAAAGGAAGCUAAAGAAGCCAAGAACCCAGGGUGUCGUGUUUGAAUCGCUUGAGGAAGAUGCUGAUCAAUCUCAAGCUGUCAGUGACUCAAUGAGGGCUGAAAACGAGAACCUUUCUGGGAACCUUGAGAAGCAGCCCUCCCACCAUCCUUUGCGGAUCAAGAAGCAGUUGUUCCUAGACGUCUGCAGAAAAGAAUGGGAUGGGGCAGUCCCUUUCCCUGAGUCCCAGAAGAUACUGACUGCCCCCUUGGGCUUUUCAGUGCACUUAAGAUCCACAGAUGAGGAAUUUCUCUCUCCGGACAGCAGGGAGGAAACUGGUGUAGGGCCCCACUUGGUCCCCAGGGGAGACAAUGAUGGCUCAGCAGCCUCAGGGAACCAGCGGGUCUGGAGAGGCCAGGAUUCGCCCCGGUCUCAGAGCAGCGAGGCAGUCCCUCUUUUGGCUCCUGAGUUCGGGGGCCCAGCACUAAAAUACCUCCUGACUCCAGUGAACUUUUUCCAGGCAGCCUUCUCUUCCAGGGGCUUUGACCAGCAAGUGGAAAAAUACCAUAAAUCCUUGCCGACUCCAGACAGGAGACUACAACCUCAUUGGAUCCAACACUGCAGCUUAGAAGAUAGUGGCUGAAGGCUGGUAGGGAAAGUUUGUUUGGGGCCUUAGUUUUUCUAUCUUCACAGGAUCCUAUGGGCUCACCAUGGAGCAACACUUCUCAAAGUGUGUUCCUUGCACAACUGAUGCCUAUGGAAUCCUCAGUUUAUACUUGACCGUGUUUAAGAAACACUUUUCAUUAUAACCCCUUCACAGUAUGGGCACAUUUAAGGUUCUAAGAAGGCCUGCACGUAACGUAAUCUGUUUACAUUUGUUUAACACAGCAUUUCUCCAACUUUUUUUUGAACACGCAUUCCUCUUAUGUGGCUGCAGAAAGAUAUAAAGUCUGAAUCAAAAAGGCCCAGGAUAUUCCCAUUGUGAUUUUGUGUCAUGUGCCAUUCUCCAUGCCCCCCUCUCCCUUUUCCUUAGAUAAAAGCCCCCAGGUAGUUCUGGUUUUUCAGUUAGGAACUCUGGUGCUGGAGGAUCAAGUGGUGAUCCAGGCAGCACGUUCCAAUCCUGGAUGUCACUGACUUGCCAUGACCCCAUCUAAGUGACUUCCUGUCUCUGCCUCUGGGAGAGAACAGGAAACGAUGAAGAGCCUUGGAACAGUGGAGAAAAAUUCUACCUCUGCCUCCAUGAGGGUUUGCAGUUAGUGUCACUGGGGACCAACUUGGAACAGAGCCAGCUGGGGGAUUGGGCACCCCUCCCCAAGGCAGUGCCUGGAACCAGGCUCAGGGGUAGGACGGGCCUCCCAGCCAUCUGAAGGCCCUGACUUUGACCGAAAUCAAGUUACAAAAGAUCAAAUGUGCUGCCAGAUAUUCCUGAUUGUUCACAUAGCUGGGAUAUUUGCUGCCGCCCCCCCCCCCCCCCCCCCGCCCUUGGGUUGAAUAGGGAGCCAGAGCACACAGCCUGUUUGUUUUAGUAUCCAGGGCAGAGACCAAGGAGCCAGCUGGUUGAAGGGGCGGGGGCAUGCAGCUCUGCCCUGUCCUGCUCAGCCUGACCAAGUGCCAAACCAGUAAGCAGGACAGCAGAGCCCACAGGCACGUGGGGCUGGGCACAGGGAUAAAAACUGCUUCAGCAUGGGGCCCCGAGGCUUCGUAAGGAAGAAGCCUCUGUGUCUUGUCCAGGAAAAACAGUUUUCUGCUUUUGGAGGAAGAUAUGAAGAGUUUAGAAAGCAAAAUAAGGCCUUCCUCUUGGGCAAGCUGUACACAGCUGUGUUUUGUCAAUGACCUUCACUGUAAGCCUCCCAUGGGCCCAUGAGGAGCCACAGCAGGUGAGGCAUGUGGGGCAGCAGGAAACCUGGGCUUCCAUCCAGGGCGCCCUGAGCCAGUAGAGACACCACACAGCAGAGCCUCUGUUCCUCAUCUGUAAACCAACUGAGAUACGUACCUCUCCCACUGGCCAUGGAGGUUAGAUAAUUGGGAGAGCUCCUAGCUCUGCCUACCACAGGAUGGGUGUUUCCAAUAUUGGUUCUCUGAGCCUCUGUUUCUUUAAAAAGUUAUUCUCUAUAUAAAAUAAAAAACUUUGG